GCACCGUUUCUCUGGCCAGAUAUUGCCGGUGCUUGAACAUCUCAAAAGAUUGGGGCUGAAGGUUUACCGGUACCAGUUAUGUGCCAAGGUCCACACCUCCAUCGCGGUCUCGCCACGGCCACGAUAGGGAGCUUCGGACCUCCGGUGCACGGGCCACAUCAAAAUUGCCGAUGGUUUUUAUCUCAUCGAAAGUUUGAGGCGCUAGCGGUGCAACAUGAACACGGCACGGACGUAGAGAGCAGUCGCAACAGAUAUGUCGCUACUACAUGUAUUCGACCUACCGCAACUCUACACAAAGCCGUCCGCCCACGCCCUCCUCCAUGCUCUCGGAUUGCUCACCUCUGCUCCGCCAUCUUGGGAAUGCAGUGACGUCGAAAACCACGACCCGGACGAACACGGUCUCGGAAGGAGGAAGGGGAACCAAAGUAGUCUCCAAAUAGGUCCGGAGGGAGUAACGAGGUACCUUACAAGUAUCGUGAGCAGUAGUCUACAGUGGAUAGAAGAUGAAGAGGCCAGGGAAGAGGUCUGGAACCAGGCCAGCAUGCGACUAAGUGAGCGUUCCGGUCGGACAGCCAUGGGUGCUAUUUCUCGUCAGUUUCGCAUACCUUCGCCAUCUGGCUUGUUCAAUCUCACCAUUCACGAACCAGCUCUGACAGCUGACAAUCUGGGCUUGAAGACCUGGGCAGCUUCGUACCUUCUGGCAAAACGUCUCCACAUUUUUGGGAUUGUGAAAGAAUGCAGACCGAAUAGCCCUCGAGUUCUAGAACUUGGAUCCGGCACGGGACUGGUUGGAUUGGCCAUGGCUUGCCUAGGUGCGGACGUUUUGCUCACCGACUUACCCAGCAUCUAUCCAAAUCUGGCACAUAAUGUCCUCAAGAAUCAUGAUGUGGUGAGACAGAAUAACGGUUCUACGCUCAGCGGUGUGCUUGACUGGACCAACCCAACAUCAUUAUGCAUAUUCCCUCAGGGUACACCGGAUUCGGACGGUGUUGGAGUACCAGUCCAGACCAAGUUUCCCGUGAUUCUUGCUGCCGACUCUCUGUAUUCAUCGGAUCACCCUCGCUUACUAGUAGACACCAUUGAAGCUUGGCUUUCAGAGCACGAAGAGGCCAAAGUCAUUGUAGAGUUUCCGUUAAGAGAUGCAUAUCUACCGGAAAUCAAAGACUUCCGUGACCGUAUGAAGAGAAUUGGAUUAUUCAUCCAAGAAGAAGGCGAAGAGAAGGGCUAUGACGACUGGGGCUGGACAGGAGCGGGCGACGACGGCAGUGACAGCGGUCUUGUGCAUUGCUGGUGGUCGUCUUGGGGAAGGACAACUCGGAAGACUAAUUAGGUAAACCGCGAUAGCAUGGGGCGUUCUCUCCCCUCUCCUCGGUUCUACCUACCCAUGUCGGCUGAUGUCACGCUUCGUAAAAACGUAGCCUCUUGCGGGGAUUAUGGUUAUUUUUGCAUGCUAUUCCUUUUUUCUUGUCACAAUCCAUCGAUUUGUUUUGCUUUUUGGUCAGUGGACAUUGCGGCAUACCCGUUCAGCGACAUCGGCACCU